CACACGCAUACAUACACACUCGUGUGUACAAUGUCCGCCAUCGGCGGGGGUUCUGGCUCCACUCUCCCAAUAAACAGCCGCAGCAACUCUGCUGUUUGUGCGGAGCGGUUGUGAGGGCUGUGGCUCUCCGCCGCCGCGCCCCCCCCACCCCUCCGUCCCCUACUCCGCUCCGCUCUGAGUGAGCGAGGAAGGGAGGAUGGCCGCCUCGGCUGCCGCUGUUCAGGUUAAGCUGGAGCUAGGCCAUCGGGCCCAGGUUCGGAAGAAACCCACGGUUGAAGGUUUCACCCACGACUGGAUGGUGUUUGUCAGGGGGCCCGAACACAGCAAUAUUCAGCACUUUGUGGAGAAAGUCGUCUUUCACUUGCACGACAGCUUCCCCAGACCGAAGCGGGUGUGCAAGGAUCCGCCAUACAAAGUGGAAGAGUCGGGAUACGCUGGUUUUAUAAUGCCGAUUGAAGUGUAUUUCCGAAACAAGGAAGAGCCCAAGAAGGUACGCUUUGAUUAUGAUUUAUUCUUGCACCUUGAGGGGCAUCCACCUGUAAAUCAUCUCCGUUGCGAAAAACUCACCUUCAACAAUCCAACAGAGGAAUUCCGUCGAAAAUUGCUGAAAGCAGGAGGGGAUCCAAAUAAGAGCAGCGCUCACAGUUUCUCGAAGUCCCACAAAUCCAUGAAAGAGCACAAAGACAAAGCAUCUAAAGACUCAAAAGAGCACAAAGGUGCCUUCAAAGAACUUUCCAGGGAACACAGUAAAACUUCCAAAGAGUCCUCAAAGAAACCCAAAGAAAACAAACCACUAAAAGAUGAGAAAACUGUUCCUAAAAUGGCAUUUAAGGAACCAAAACCAAUGUCAAAAGAGCCAAAAUCAUUGGAAAGCAGCGUGGUAAGUGGAAAUGGAGGUGUUCAGCAGGAUGUUAAGACUGUGAAGAGGCCUGCAAAUAUAGACACUGAUGAACUUGCAGCGAAGAAGAAAAAGAAAAGCAGCUCUGAUUUUUUGUUUAGAAGUUUUCCCAGUGCUUCUCCACAGCCACUUUCUUCUGAAAAGAAGCUUAGUAAGGACCGACCUCAAGUUAAGACAGCAAAAAUCAAAAUGGAAAGUGAAGUGAUAGAGAAAAAUAAGCCAAGUUUAUCACCGUUUGAAGAUAUUGUAGAUCCAAAUGACAAUGGAGUAGACGAUGUUAUGUCUUCUAAAUCUGAGUCUCAACAGCCAAGUCCUGCUGAUUCUAGUUCCAGUUCAAGUUUUACACCAUCUCAAAACAAUAGACAAGGUCCUCUGAGAUCUAUAAUGGAAGAUCUCCAUUCUGAGGACAAUGAGUCAGAUGAAGAUGAAAAUGGAAACUUGUCUGAUGUAGAGAGAUCACUAAAUUCUCACUGUGGAAGCAGAGGACACAGGAUGAGUUUGAGUGAUGGGAGUGACAGUGAGAACAGUGGCGGCUCCACCCCACCCAGAAAUGAAGCACCUCCAAUCAUAAAAGCCAACAACAGCAAUAACCAGGUGUUAGAAGUCAAAAGCCCAUUAAAGCAAAGCAAACCUGAGAAAGCAAUAAAGAAUGCUGAAUAUGACAAGGCGUACCUCGAUGAGUUGGUUGAACUUCACAGGAGACUAAUGACACUUCGUGAAAGGCACAUACUACAACAGAUUGUUAAUCUGAUAGAAGAGACUGGACAUUUUCACAUCACUAACACAACGUUCGAUUUUGACCUUUGCUCGCUGGAUAAAACCACAGUUCGCAAGCUGCAGAGUUACUUAGAAACUUCGGGAGCUUCCUGAGGGGGGGAGAUGCAACCUCUGGUCACAAGCUGGAGAUGUGGACUUCCAGUGAUGCAGCUUGUACAACUAGCCCUAUAGAGUGAUUUACUGCAGCUUUUUUUCAGCCAGACGCGCUUCUCAUCCUGUAACAUGUUGCAGGGGUGAGUAAAUGCAGAAAGGUUCAACAGAUCCUGGUCAGCCUAAGGAAAGCUCUGGGAAUAUUGGACUGAGGUCCAUCGUCUCCUUUACCUUCCUUCCCUGGACACUUGCUUUUUAAUGUAUGUGUGGUGUCCAAGUUCACAUGGCAACUGAUGCAUGUGCAACACUGCCUUAGUAUACAACUGAUCUAUUUAUUGAAGUAAACUGAAAAAUAUUCUUUGGAAGUUUGGAACAACACUACCAGACGUUAAGCACUCUGUUCACAAUUUAAUGACCAUGGCUUGUGAAUGCAGUAGGAGUUGUUCACCAGUUGCCUGGUGAAUUUAUCUACCUUUUUAACUUUCUUUUGUAAACUAGCUGCGAUAGUAGGGACACUGUGACUACACAAAAAGUAGCCUUAGUAAUUGAAAACUGUAGUGCUUUAAAAUUAUUAUUGUGCACUGUUCCUUGAAAUGUUACCAGCUUUCUUUUAAUUAGUGAUCAAUCAGGAUGAAUAUUAUUUGCAAAAUCAGUCAGAUUUUUUUUUCUUUUCUGGAUUGUUUAAUUGAGAAUGGGACUUUUUUGGUGGGUGUAAUUUUCGUCAACUUUCUAACGAGCACUGCAUCUUUGUUCUUACACACACUUUGGUCAUCCAGGAGUAAGACUGCAUCUUGCGUUUUGUUCACAUUGGUUCUCUGGUACAAACAGGCAUGCACUCUCUUGUUGUUCAAUGCCACAGUCACAUGCAGACACACACAACCAACUAAUGAAGUGCAGAAGAGAGCCUUGCCAACCAAGCUGUUUGGUCACUAGUUUAAAGCUUUUGGCAUUUCAGAUGUAUUUAAUUUUUUUAAAUAAGAAGACUCUAUGUGGGAUUGCCUGAAUAUUCUGUUGCCAAUUUUCUGUAAGUUUGUUGUAGAAAAUUCUUAAUUUGGGUUUAAUUAUUUAUUUGAAAUGCACCCUUCACUGCCAAGUCUGUUUUUGCUGUAUUUACCAUUCUGGUAAGGUGUCCAAGCAUAUCUGUCCAUCCUUUGGAUACUGUUACGAAUAGGUUUUUCUUUAAUAAUACAUGGCUUCAAAGGAGUCUUUUUUGAGGAGACCUUAACUGUUACUUUCAAUCCAAAGAGGGGAUGAAUUUUUAGUCCUUUUUUAAUUACCGAAGAUUCAGAAGUCGCUUCCAACAGAACAAGUGUACUUUCCAAUGAUAACGAGGUUCAAAUAAGUCAUUGUGAUCAUUUACUUGAAAUGUUACCUUGUUAGAAUACUUUUAAUGUGCAAUUCAUAUCAGAAGAAUUUUUUUUAAUAAGAAAUAGGGAAAAAGACAAUUUCUCAAUUUCAUGUAUAUAAUGUUCAGUGUAUGUUUUCAAUUGCCAGUUCAAUUAGAUUUUUGUUGUGUACAUGGUAAAACCCACGUUAUUUCUAGGAGAAGAAAUAUCUCUACCAAUCCUCAGAGGUUUAACUUGGUACUUUGAAUCCUUUUUAAUUUAAAAUAGUUGUUUGGUCCAUCAUAAUUGUUGUGGCUAAAUUACAUGGUACAAUUCCUUUAAAAAUUUAAAUACUAUUUUUACUAAAUUUGAAUGCGGCUCAGUCAUUUGAUUCCAUCUAACGUGUUCUUUAUUUGAUUGUACUCUGUACAUCCAGAUGUUAAGAGGCAACACAGUGAAAACCUUUGUCUUUUUAGUAGCACUGGCUUCGGAAGAAGGGUUAGUUUCAUUCCUUGCUUCAAAGAAAAAAUUUAUGGUACUAGAACAUUAAUGGUUCAAAUCAAAUAGGUUUCUUUGUAAUCAAAUCAGAAUCAAAAUGAAUUGGUCUAUUGUACUGCUUAAAUGUGGGACACCAGUCUUAAGAUCUAUUGCAAAAGGCAUGUACACGAAGUAAACUGAACAACAUACCAGCUUGAAUCUCAAGCAGAACAUGUUAGUGUUGAGUCUGCCACAAUAUUCAAUUAGAACAAGUGUCACACUCCCAACAAUUUUUUUUUUGCAUUAUAUUUUCCAUCACGUUUUUUUUGUAUUUAGAGUACAAAAUAAAUCCUCUUUUUCCAAAUAAUUAACACUUGUGUAUAUACUUUCUAUGGUCGAAUGGUAAUGUUUCUUUUGAGGUAUCUAUUUGUUUAGGUUAUGUCGGUCAUCUCUGUAGCUAUAUUAGAUUGUGACUUUUUCCCUUCAAUAGCCACAAGCAUUUUACUCUGUAUCAGAGGAUAUUAAAUUAAA